AUGAGAAUUCUUGUCACAAAGAUGGUGAAGAUUCCAGAAAACUGUAUUGUUCAGCAGAAGGGGAAGGUGUUUACAUUCCAAGGCCCAAAAGGAGUAUUGGAAGAGGAUUGCACUCGACACAUGCUUACAUUCGAUAUCUAUGAGGGAUGCAUUAGAAUCAGGCUCUGGAAUGCAAACAGGAAGGCUGCUGCAUUUGCAACAACUGCAGAGUCAUUGCUGAGGAACUGCAUCAAGGCAGUCACAGUUGGAUUUGCAUUUACGAUGAAGGCAGUGUACAACCACUUUUCUAUCAAUUUUGAGGUGCAGGAGAAUGGAAAAGUGCUCCUUGUGAAGAAUUUUCUUGGAGAAAAGAACGUCAAGAAGUUCAUAAUGCGAGGGGUUGCAAAGGUUAAGCUUGGGACUGCAAAGGACACGCUUGUGAUUGAGGGCCCGUCGCUUUCUGAUGUCUCCCAGAGUGCUGGCACGAUCACAAAUCUCUGCAAGGCAAAGAACAGAGACAGCAGAAUCUUCCUUGACGGGAUAUUCGUGGUCGAAAAAGGCGUUAUGGCUUAA